AUGUCGACGACACCCGAUCCAUACCUUCUAGCAUCGACCAUCCUCACCCCAGACGAGCUCCCCAAACUCGCUCUCGUAACAUACGACCCCUCUACCACCCAGGCCUCCACCGCCAGUAGCAGCAGUACACCUCUCACGCACACACAACGCAUCUUCGUCAUCGUCUCCAACAUCUCGUUCAACGUGGAGCAAUGUGCAGUCCUCAUCAUCAAGCCGCGUCGCAAAGAUCCUUCCACCGCCAUCCUCCUGGACGUAAUCCCCAUCCUGCCGGAUCUCAAAAUCGAGAUUGAGCCGCAGCAAGGUCUCACCGCCUCUGCUGCCACUCCACGUAAUCGUCCCCCCUCAGCUACGACGCUAGGUCUGUCGAGUCUGCCACAGACGCUGCCGACCAUCCACACGCUGCUCGAGAGCGUCGUACCCGAUCUGUUCGAUACCAAAACCGAGAGCUCGAAUGCCGCACUCAAGUUCACCCUUUCGCACUCCACCCAGUCUGCGAGUGGGAUCACAAGCGACGCUGCGGGGCUCAAAGACUUCCUCAGCGUGCUCAAAGACCUACUCAAAGUGGCGGAAGACGAAGCCUUCUCAAUAGACAGGUCGCAUCAAUGGAUGAAGGCUUACACGGAAGACCUCUCUCGGCCACAUCAUGGUCCGGUGAAAGAAACGCCCAUCUUCUCGCGAUUCUCCCACAGCGGAUUUCUUCCGAGCACGGCUGCGCGGCAAGAGCCGCCCCGACCAGCCUCCCCGACCUCCAACGACCUGCGCAUCUCGGUCGGCAGUUUUAAUGUCAACAGCCACCUCCCCGCGGACGACAUCCCGACGAUCAUCGGACUCAAAAAGUGGAUCCGCGCAGAAGAGGAUCCUGACUUGAUCAUCGUCGGCUUUCAGGAAGUGGACAAUUCGUCCGGUGCAUAUUUGUACCACUCUCCAGCCCGAGAAGAGGCAUGGACACGAGCGAUCAUCCAUGCUCUCGGAAGACGUGCCGAGCGGUAUCGCAAGAUCGCCGCAAAGCAGCUGGUGGGGCUGAUGAUCCUGGCGUUUGCACGGGCGGAGGUGAAGGCGGAGCUCGAGGAGGUCGUGACGGCGAGUGUUGGUGUAGGGCUGGGAGGGUUCGUUGCGAACAAGGGCGCGGUGGCAGUGAGGAUGAAGGUAGGGAACAGGACGCUGUGCUUUGUCAAUUCCCAUCUCAGCGCGUUUGAAGGGCUGCAGGCGAUGGAAAGGAGGUGUUGGGAUUGGAACGAGAUCUACAAGCGUUUGCGGUUUCGGGUGGAGCAGCCGAGGAUGAUGGACUUUUGGGAGACGCCUGGGCGGCAUGCAUUUGAUGGCGAAGGGGUAGAACGAGAGGAGAAGCGGUUUAAGACGAGUCAGAAGGUCAAGGAGGACACUGUCGCUGUCGAUCCACCAAAUGGUAGCAACGAGAGCAGCGUUGAUGGGAGCAACGACGAACCACCCACUCUUCACGCCGCCGCCGAGACCCUCACUCCACCACCCAGGUUAGCAACCGAGCUGACGGAAGCCUCUUCGAACUCCAUCACCGCCUCCUUUCGUCCCCCCUCCACCUCCCCGCCACCCACCACCACCGCCCACACCACCAUCCCCUACGUCGAACACGCCAUCCUGUCGCACGACCUCGUCAUCCAUUUCGGCGACCUCAACUUCCGUCUCGACAUCUCGCACUCGGAAGCCCAUCGAUUGAUCCGUCAACGCGACUACCCCACGCUUUACCGAUACGACCAGCUGGAAUCGCUUCGCACAUCCGGUUCGCUCUUCGACGACUUCCACGAAGGACCGCUGGACUUUGCACCCACGUACAAGUUCGACAAGGGUACAGAUCGAUAUGACACGAGCGAGAAGGAGAGGGUUCCCGCGUGGACGGAUCGGAUCCUGUGGGCCGUGACGAGUGAGUGGGAGGACCAAGGGGAGAGUGCGACGUGGGAAGGCGAGGAUGGGGAAGAGGAGAAGGAGAGGGAGAAGCAGAGGAGACAAGGAGUGGUGUUACAGUCGUAUGAGGCAGUGACGGAUCUCAAGUUCAGCGAUCACAGGCCUGUCAGGGCGACGUUUCUUGUGCGCAUUCGAUGA